AGAAGAAGAAGAAAGAAAGAAAGAAAGAAAGAAAGAGCUCGCGUGUGAUGUGUUUGUGUAUCCUCAGUGUUUUUCUCUCUUGAGUGUUUUAUUGAGUGUAAACAGAGUCUUGUCUCUGUGUAUUUUAGUGUUGACGAUGAUGGAUGUGAUGUGCUGUAAAUCAGGAACUGAUCAGGGCUUACAGGAUGAGGAAUCUACUGAUCAAACCUCCACAGAGUCUCUGGAUUCUGUCUGUAACGCUGGAGAACAGCAGCAGAUCCUGCAGACCAAACUCAAGAUGUGUUCAGUCAAACUCAUCGACUUCAGGAACCUCAUGAUGAAGAUCAAAACUGAACCUACAGAAAUAAAAACUGAACCCCCACCAGAUGCAUUUGAGGACCAUCAUGAUGAUUUUAUUCUGACAGAUGUGAAGAGUGAAUUAUGUUUGGAUGGAGAAAUAACGUCCUCAACAUCAGAAGAGCGAUGGGCAGCACAAACUCUUUCCUGCAUCACUUGUGGAAAGACAUUAAGCUCAAAAGGACAUUUAGAGAGACAUGAGAGAAAACACACAGAACAGAAACUCUUCACCUGCAGGAGAUGUAAGAUCAGCUUUACGACCUUACAAGAGCAGAGACAUCAUUCAGAAGAACACAGAGAGAAGAAGAAGUUUCACUGUCAGCAGUGUGGGAAGAAUUUUGACUUCUUAUCUAAGCUACAAGUUCACAUGAGGACACACAAUGGUGAAAAACAUUUCAACUGCACUAAAUGUGGCUAUUACUUCAGAACCAAAGGACAUUUUGAUGCUCAUGAGAGAAUUCACACAGGAGAAAAAACUCAUCACUGUAGUGUUUGUGGGAAGAGUUUUAGUAGACGUUAUAAUUUAGUUUUACACCUGAGAACUCAUACAGGUGAAAGACCUUACAAAUGCUCUCAGUGUGAGAAGACUUUUACGGAGUCACGUUCUGUAAAAAUCCAUGAGAGAAUUCACACUGGAGUGAAACCUUACCACUGUUCUCACUGUGGUAAGAGCUUCUCUGAUCCAUCUCAAUUCAGUGUCCAUCAGAGACUUCAUACUGGAGAGAAACCUUAUCACUGUAGUGUUUGUGGGAGGAGUUUUAAUAAACGUUACAAUUUAGUUUCACACCUGAGAACUCAUACAGGUGAAAAACCUUACAAAUGCUCUCAUUGUGAGAAAACGUUUACUCAGUCAUUUUCCUUAAAAACCCAUAAGAGAAUUCACACUGGAGAAAAACCUCAUAACUGUAGUGUUUGUGGGAAGAGUUUUAAUAGACGUUACAAUUUAGUGUCACACCUGAGAACUCAUACAGGUGAAAAACUUUACAAAUGCUCUCAGUGUGAGAAGACGUUUACUCAGUCAAGUUACUUAAAAAUUCAUGAGAGAGUUCACACUGGAGAGAAACCUUACGUCUGCUCAAUCUGUGGAAAAAGCUUCUCACAUUCAUCCCAUUUCAGAGUUCAUGAGAGACUUCACACUGGAGACAAAACUUCAUCACUGUAAUGUUUGUGGUAAGAGUUUUAAUCGACAUGGCAGUUUAGUGAAUCACCAACCCAGAUAGCAUGCAACCAUUGGAACAAUGUUAAAAAUCGUUGAUUUGUCAAUGUUAAUACCAUUGAAUCAAUAUC